GGCCAGCACACAGCCAGAGAGGAGGGACUGUUUGCAGCUCUGAAGGCCAGCUGUCGUUCGCUCAGAGCUGGGUCUUUUCUCUUACUUACUUCCCCGUUCUCCACUGGCCUCAUCACUCCAUGGGACUCCAGACCUGGCCGCCAAGCAAACCACCACUGUCCUCUAUGGCCUGCCUUGAUGUGGAGACCCCUUCCAUCUGCAGGGGUAAAUUCAAAUCAGUCCUCCAGCUCUGUCUGCAGCAGAGGAGAACUCGGGAGCAGCUUGUGGAGCAAGGCAUCAUGCCGCCUCUGAAAACACCUGCUGCCUUUCAUGAGCAGAUUCGCAACCUGGAGAGAGCCAGGACUGGAAACUUCUUAAAGCACAAACUCUGCAGCAGACCUGAGCGCUCGGAGCUGGUCCGUAUGCACAUCCUACAAGAAACGCAGGCUGAACCCUCUCUGCAGGCCACACAGAUGAAGCUCAAGAGGGCCAGACUGGCUGAUGAUCUCAAUGAGAAGAUCGCCCAGCGUCCUGGACCCAUGGAGCUGGUGGAGAAGAACAUCCUGCCUGUUGACUCUGCUGCCGAAGAGGUCAUCCAUGGCGAUAAGGCAAACUACUCUAAGCCACCAGAUAUUUACAACUUUGAUGAGGACAGCAGUGAUGCCCUAUCACCACAACUGCCUGCCAGCCAACAAUCUCCCAGCUCCGCCUCUCCAAGGGAGUCUGGAGGGACUGAGGCCACUUCUACUUCCUCUAACUUAAACUCUCCCAUACAGCACUCCCCACCACCUAACUCACAGUCCACAUCAGAUGUAGUCAACCUCGUCUCCACCAGUGAGCAACUGAGCAACCAACAAGUAUCUCCACUUCAGCCAAUCACCACUGUUGUCCCCAGUAUCACACAAGGGCCAGUUCUUGUGAAGCAAAGCCUGCCCAAGCUUCCCGGCGAUAAAAGCCGCAGCAAAAGGAGCAAAGAGCCCAAACCACGGGUGAAAAAGUUGAAGUACCAUCAGUACAUCCCCCCAGACCAGAAGCAGGAGCUCAAUGAAGUGCCGAUGGACUCAGCGUAUGCCCGCCUCCUGCAGCAACAGCAGCAGUUCCUGCAGCUCCAGAUCCUAAGCCAGCAGCAGUACAACUACCAGGCCGUCCCACCUGCCACACUUAAACCACCAACUGAGGUACAAACCAGCUGUUCCAGUGUUGUUCUGAGUGGAAACCCUGUGUCUACCCCUGGGCAGCCUCGGCACACUCAGAAGAACCGCAAGCCAGCUCAUUUGCCAUCUAAUCUGGACGAGAUGAAGGUUGCAGAGCUGAAAAUGGAACUAAAACUCAGAUCUUUGCCUGUUUCUGGGACUAAGACAGAUCUGAUAGAGCGGCUAAAGUUGUAUCAGGAGAACUCUAACAUCCAGACUGCUGCUGCCAUUGAGACACCAGCCGUCACGUCAGCCUCACAGUCUGAAAACAUAAAGUUAACCCCGCCUGUGUCCCCUAUAGCCUCCAAGGUGUCCAGUCUGGGCAUAGAGGACAGUAGUAUGGCAGACAGCCCCACCAAGCUCUCAGAAGCUCUGUCUCCAACUCACACUGCUCCCUGUGUGAACUCCCCACAGAGAGCUCCACAGGAGGAGUGUCCCACAGAGACACUGCCCUAUGAGAAGGAUUCUGAGAAGGACAAACGUCUCCAUGAGAAGGAGCGUCAGAUUGAGGAGCUGAUGAGGAAACUGGAGCAGGAGCAGAGGCUGGUGGAGGAGCUGAAGAUGCAGCUGGAGGUGGAGAAGAGGAGUCAGCAAGGAGAUUCUCCACCUCAGCUCAGCCCUCUUGCUACCAUCCAGGUCAAAGUGGAAAACAGGACCCCGUCAAACUGCUCAGCAUCCUGUAGUUCUCCUGGUCUGCCAGUGUUGGUCAAACAAGAGGAAGUGGCAGAUCAAAGCAACUUGGCUUCUCAAAAUAAGUUCAUCAUCAGCCACCAAACUAUCAAGCAGCCUGAAACCCUGCAGCCUAUCCAGACUGGAGCUCAGAUUCUCCAGCCUGCAUCCCUUCCUGCCUCAGCAGCCACUAUCCAGAUCCCUGCCAACAGCAUCAAAUUACACACUACUGUUAGCAGCGCAGCCCCAGGCCUCAUCCAGACCUCUGGACAGGUGCCACCGAAAAUAGAGGCCUCAGCAGCAAUACAACAGCAAUGCAGCACUCAGCCAAUGACAAAGACUUGGAGGAUGGAUAGUACAGCACAUAGCUUACUCAACACAUUCCCAGCAAGUGGAUGUCCUGUGGGAGCAUCCUCUAGCCAAGCUGGUCCUAAAGGACCUGCUAAUAAGUCUCACUGUACCAGCCAGCCAACUGUCUUGCAGCAGCGAAAAUUCACAAACCAUGUGUCAAAGUGUAAAGACCCACCCCGCUACGAGGAUGCAGUUAAACAGACACGCAGCAUGCUAACAGAUGUUCAGGGUCCCACUGCAGCUAGCCAGCAGAUGGAUGACCUGUUUGAUGUGUUAAUCGAGAGUGGUGAGAUCUCCCCCUUCGUCAGACAGGAUUCUUCCAGCCAAGACAAGCCUCACCCUGUGACAGCCAGUGUAACCACUCUUCCCAUCAACACAGUUUUAUCACGCCCUCCACCUGUGGUCCAAGUGGCCCAGCAGCCUUCUGCACCGCUCAACCCCUCGACCCAGCUGGAAACCCUCCUGGAUGGCACACUGGGUGCUCACACUGAGCCACAAACACUUAAGCUGAUGGAGGAGCUACAUUCACCUAUGGUUACGAUGGAGGUGGACUUUAAUGAAAACACACCACCCUCUGCUUUGAACCUGCAUAGCAGCAAUAUGGACAAUAUGGACUGGCUGGACCUUACCCUGUGUGUGCCAACAGAGGGGGUCAACCCUUUGGAAAUGUCAACGCCAGUGGGCGUCUUCUCUUCUGACUUCCUGGACUCACAUGAACUGCACUUGAACUGGGACUAAGUGGAGUCAAGGUGAAUUCUUACACCUAUCAGACUGUUUCCGAUACAUUUUUUAUGCAAGUGAGGAUGUAUUUUGUUUCAUAUGUGGACAAAAAAGACCUUUUGGAGAUUUAGCUUUCUGGCCAUAUAAAUCAGCUCAGUAAUAAUCUAAUUGUGCAGUGCCAGUUUAAAAGUUGCUGCACUGCUUCCUUUGAGGUCUUUAAACCCUCUGAUUGUAUGGGGAGACUGACAUAAAGUAGGACUGGUACUGGCAGAUUAAGCUGACAGUGGAAAUAGCUUUUAAAUUUCUAUCUUAAGUUAUGCCACUUCUUUGUUAUCAAUCUGUUCUCAUCUUACUGGCUUAUUUUUGUCUUCUGAACUUAAUGAAUGUACAGUGUUGUAUGGACCAUGAUAAUGGCAGAAAGAGCAGGAAAAUGUCCUUAUCCUGGUUAAAAAACUAUGGGACAAACACUGCAUGCAGCUGGGGGCUGUUACUGUAUGUAGUUCACUUGUCCCUGUCUUGGAAUGAUUAGCACUAUCAAAACAGAUUGUAAACACACAACUGCUAAAUGUGUGUAUGUACAUUUUUAAGCAUAAAUCAGAUGUUAAACUGAGUCACCAUAGUGUCAAUGGCCCACAAGUGGCCUAGCAGCACUGACCAAAUCUUCAUUCCUGCAUCUGUACACUGUUUAAAACAUACUGCACAUUUUGUAAAACCAGUUUUACGAGCAUAAAAAGGAGAUUGUUCACUUGGCACAGCUAUGGGGAACUAGUCACAAGAGCCACCUGCUGUGCUCUAUCAAGACUAUAUCCAAAUGGAUGAUUAUAAAUUUUUCUUACAACUCAUUAGUUUCUUUAAAGACAGGAAGAUUGGUUCUUAAAGGGUUAAAAUGACUCAUUAAAGGUCAGAUGUUUUUUUUGUUUAAGUAGUUUAAUCAAAAAGCACAAGCGUUGCAGGUUGUACCAGACCACAAUCUGUGUGACACAUCUUUCAGAAAAAUAAUCAGUAUGAACCACUGCUCAUUUGUGUUAUUCACUCACUUCAUAUUGAAAUGCAUUACAGCUGAUUUGUAUUGUAGUGACAUCUGCUGGCGACAUCUGAAUCUAAUCAGCCUGAGCUAGCAAAGUUGGUAGUCUGACUGGUUCUCUGUUUUUUUCUUAGCAAACUGCAAAAAGAUGACCUUUGGUAUAAAGAAAAUACAUUUCCAUGUCAAAGAUGUUGUUGCGAUGUUGCACAUAAUUAGGAUGGUUUCUGGGCAGGUUGAGUAUAUUGAUCACUACACUGAAAACAAUGUCUAAACUGGUAUUGGCUUCGAAACCGACUACCUGCCUCCUCAUCCCCCUACCAGCUAAACUUUCUCUCAAGAUCUCAUAUCUAAAACAUACCAUGCUGAAUAUUAAUUUAUCCGUCCCCACUGGCUUUAAGACUGCUAUGGUUAAACUUCUGUUUGAGAAAUCACACCUUGAUCCAAGGUCUCAGCCAGCUCAGUAAUUAUCAGCCAGUCUCUAUCUGUUCUUCUCAAAAGUAUUAGAAAGUUGUGACUAAGCACCUUUCAGCCCACAGAUUUAACUGUAACCUUUUUUUAACCUUUUCAAACUGCAUUUACUAGUUGUAAAUGAUCUAUUGCUUACUCUUACUAUGGAUUCAGAUUCCACCUCUGUGCUCAUAUUACAGAAUCUCAGUGGGGCUUUUGACACCACUGAUUAUUAAACACUCCUAGAUGACUGGAAAAUCAACCUCCCUGCUGAUAUCAGACAGUCUGACUCUCUUGAGGCCUAUAAAUCCAAACUUAAAACGUAUCUUUUUGCCUUAACUUUCAGUAAGCUGCUUAUUCUUUCAUUACGUCAGGACUUGUGCCUGUCAGUCUCAAUGAAUCUAUUAAACCUAAUACUUCUAGUCCAUGAUUGUCCUGCCGACAGGAAUAAAACUGUAAACUUUCUGAAAACCACUGCAUCUCUCUAACCUUCUGUUUGUUGUCCCACAAGUCCAAGCUGUGUGCCUCUCUCUCUCUCUGUCUCUGUCUGUCUCUCUUUUCCCUCAGGCUUCACUGUGUUGGACCCUGGGAUCCUGGGAUUUCUCUCUAUCUAUUUGCAUGUCCAUCCUGGAAGAAGGAUCCCCUCCGUUAAAGUAGUUUUUUUUCUUAUCCAAAUCAAGAGGUUGUUGUAUACUGUACAGAUUGUAAAGCCCUUUAAGCCAAAUUGUGAUUUGUGAUACUGGGCUUUAUAAAUACAAUUGGCUUGGCUUGUUUUUUUAUGCCAUAUGUUACAUUUUAUAUAAAUGUAACAGAGGCUAUUUUGGAUUUCACAGUUGGCCUGUGACCAUCCCUAGUAUGCCAUUUACCUUUAAGUGAUUUUAUAUAAGGAAAGGCCUUCAUUUUUGUAACCCUUAAAGAUCCAGUGUGUAACAUUUAGGAGAAUCUAUCGACAUAAAUAGAAUAUAAUAUUCAUAGGUAUGUUUUCCUUCCCAUAUAAUCACCUGAGUAUAGAAAUUGUUUUUGUUACCCUAGAAUGAGCCAUUUUAACUACAGAUGCUACGGGUUGCCUUCCAUGGAUUCCGCCAUGUUGAAAGUUUCUACAGUAGCCCAGAACGGACAAACCAAACACUGGCUGUAGAGGGGAUCUUUUUCAGUUUCCCAGCCACUGGAGUUUCUCCUACAUACUUCCCAACCCAUUCUCAUACCCAGGUUGUCACAUACAGACGCCAAUGGUGUUCAGUUACUUGCAGUCUGCAAAUUCACUGCUAGAUGCCACUAAAUCCUACACACUUGUCUUUUAAAAGGGAACUGAAUGUGUUCUGUAACUUAACUUUUUUUAUUCAGCGAAAGAUCACUUUGAAUACAGAUACAGACAUAUAUAAUAUACAGAAUUAGAGAAUUAGUCAACACCACAUGUUCCUUCUGACAUGUGCACCAUUAAAACCAAAGUGAUAGCAUCUGAAUAUUUGAUUGAUAAACAUUAUUCCUCAACCACUGAUAUUCAGUGUCUCCUGUACAAUAGAGAGUAAGCUAGGCUAGUAGUAAAUGCGAACAAACUCUGCAAAGGAGCCAUGCUGCUGGAAUACUACUUCACCAUUUGGUCUAUGUGUGAUGCUCUAUUAGUCUGAGCUUCAAGUUCUCACCAGCUGCUUUUCACUCAGAGCUUUUUAAUAGUUUGGAUUGACGAUCGACACUUAGGACAUCUGUGUGUGGUAGAUUUGAACCUAUCGAGGCAGAAGGGAAUGAGACAACAACCAGCCACGCAGCUGAAAAAGAAGGAACAGGAACAUAAUAUAAUGUCAACAAACCUGGAAGCAUAAACCACUGUCUGCACAUAUAAAAACAGGUCCAACAAAGUCUGAUUAUAUUUUAAUGCAAAUAUUUCACCAGGGUGGAGGGAACGUUUUCAUACCCAAUCAAAGCUGUCAUAAAACACACCAGCCAGGUCACACUGCUGACAGAGGUAUAGGUCUCUGUCAUGACGUACUCCCGACACUCUGGGCACUGCGUCCUGCAUGGGCAAUGUGGAAGUUCUUCCAAGUCCAGAAUCACUGUAGGGGCUGUUAAGAAAAGUAAGAAUCCAUUAUUAGUUUUCCCAUCAAAAAUUAAUUUCUCAUUAUUUCUCUAAACCUUUCAAAAGGAAAAUAAAAAAAAGGAAACACUUUAAUAGCUAUUAAAAAUCUUCAAUUAGUGUGAGUUACAUAACCUGAACUAUAGUAAAUGAAUGAUGAACUGGAUCAAUGCAGAAAAUGAUUGCACUGAUGGAGCUAAAAAUUUUUUUUGAUAAAGCACAGAAGUGGGUUGUAAAGCCUGUUCUGUGUGACUUUGUGAGGAGCUUAUUUUUGACUUUAUAGGGUGCAGGUCUUGCUAUGUGCAGAUAAAAGCCCCAAAUUGAACAGUUGAACAAAUGAGCAUUCGUGCAUUACUGACUCACCAGGGAUAGUAGGUGGCGCCUCAACAUAGAAAAUGUUUGAGCCAGGAACAGGAGGCGGAGGUUCAACUUUCUGAAUAGAGUCGAAACUAACUUCUAACAAAGUAGAAAAAAUGUGUUUAUAAAAUCAAGGUAUGAUGGAGUAGUGAUUUGCUGCAAUAAAUCUGGACUCACCUUUAUUCUUUUCUUUGGUACUGAGGGUGUUAUUAUAGAUUUUUUGGAGUUCAGCCUUCCUUUCUGUCAAUUGUUUCAGUUUCUCAUCAAUGCUGGCAAUCUCCUGCUGACUUGAGGCUGCCGCCUCUGGUAAAGAAAUAACAAACUCACAUAUAUGAGAGAUGCACUAAGGACGGCUAUUAUUUUUAUUUAGUUUUCACGCUCUCUUUCAUGUGUCACCUGUUUGUCCAAAUUCAGCACGAUUCCUCAACUCCUGAAAUAUGCACUGGAUUUUUUUCCUUUCCAGAAGUUGCUGUCUCUUAAGUGAAAGAUGUUUCAACUCUGUAGAUAGCUUCUUUAGCUCACUGUGUGACGAAGUCAUGGUGGAUGCUGAAAAGACAUGGGGAAUUGUUGGAUUGUUUUUAGCCUGGGUUUGCUAUUUUGUUUACUGUAUUUUUAUGCUUGUUUGUUGUGCAUAAUGUUUCAUACGGUAAAUUAAAGCAGUACUGUAUAUGUAGUAUGGAAGCAGUGAAAUUUAAAAAAAUCAGAAAAUAAGUUUUGUAGUGAGAAUAGUAAAUGUACCAUCAAAGAUAUAUAAUUGUUAUAAUUUGAAACUUUAAAAACAAUGUUUUGACUUUUAUUUACAGCUAACGUUUACAGAAAUGUUCUAUGCCCAAAAAUAUGGAUUGGAUCAUCAAAUGUAACAUUGUACGCAAUUAUCUUUCCUCACCUCUUAAGAUAUCAUUACCAGACUUUUUAGGGUUUUUAGCAUAAUUUAUUUGAUAUAAAAAUGAACGUAAUAUUGUACAGUGGAGUUACAUAGAAUAGAAUAGAUAUGAUAUAUAACUCUCCAAAUCCUUCAAUCCAUAACAGGCAAAUCUAUUUACAACUAUCAUUUGCAUGUUUCUCUCCCAUCUGAAAUAUGACCCAGCAGUAUUUUUCAGGAUAAAAUAGGCAGUAUUUAAUAAAUUUAUAUAUUUUUUUUUAUUAAAAAG